UGAGCCAUUAAUAGUGCAGGAAACAGUGUGUAGCUAGCUGGAGUUGGAAGACGAAGAAAGAUAGUAAUAAUAAUAACAAAGAGCAUGAGAAAGCCAGUGAGUGUGUGUGAGAGAGGGAGUACUUAGAAUGAAUGAUUAUUUGUAUUGUGAGAAUGGAAAAUUUCUACUAUUCUAGUUCUGGUUCUAGCUGGUGGCCUGUGCAGGGCACAAACAGUAAUGGUCCUUCUCCCUAUUCAGUUCAGACUCCAGUGUUGCCUCAUCACAUCUCUGAAUCAUGCUCUGUUCAGUUCUGUGAGUUCCCUCAUUCAUGGCCUGCAGAAGAUAAAGCUGCCACUGCGUCCAAGAGCCAUAGCCAAGCUGAGAAACGUCGUAGGGACAGGAUCAAUGCACAGCUUGCCACUCUCAGAAAACUCAUCCCCAAGUCUGAUAAGAUGGACAAGGCAGCAUUACUGGGGAGUGUGAUAGAGCAUGUGAAGGAUCUGAAACGAAAAGCCAUGGAUAUAGGCACAUCCUUCACAGUCCCUACAGAGAUAGACGAAGUAUCAAUAGACCAAGACGAAAGCCCAAGCUCCAUCAACAACAAAGCGAAUUACAAAGUGAAGGGAAACAAUAACAUAGUGAUAAAAGCUUCAGUGUGCUGCGAGGAUCGACCAGAACUGUUCUCAGAACUCAUCAAAGUGUUGAAAGGGCUGAGGCUGACGGCUGUGAAGGCAGACAUAGCCAGCGUGGGAGGUAGAAUCAAAAGCAUAUUGGUGCUGUGUUCUAAGGACAGUGAUGAAAGUGUUUGCGUGGCCACUCUGAAGCAGUCUCUUAAAUCUGCUGUCACUAAAAUUGCUGCUUCAUCCUCAUCAAUGUCCGCUGCUUGUCCUGCAAGAAGUAAGAGGCAGAGGUUCUUCUUGCCUCCACCUUGCCUCCACUGAUACUUACUUUCUCAGGGCUAUUCUACUGGGUGUUGUUAUAAUUAUUUUUCCCAAUAUUUAUCAAAUAUAUAUAGUUUUAUUUUUUUAAAAGAUUAUUAGUUAUUAUUCUUCACUCUUUACUUGAAGUAUAUUUAUAAAAAAAUGCGUGGAACCAA